AUGAUUAUAACACCGCUCGUUGUUUUAAUUUCGGUUGUUUCUUCGAUUACCUGUAAAGAAAUUUGGAACGAAAAACACGAUUAUUCUCCGAUGGUAGUCGAUGAUAUGGUUACCAGAUAUUGCGCUUUGAAAGAUCGUGCCCGUGCUCGCUAUUGUUCAUUAGAAAAUCACUUCGUACUUAUCACAGAGUUUCACAAAAACUGCGUUCAACAAGUAAAAUUUUUCCAAACUUUUGAGGAAAUAGAUGAAUUUAUAUGCAACCGCAAAAACACGAUGGAAUAUGGAAAAUAUAUAAAAUGUUUUCGUGCAGCUAUGUUUGCUCUCAAUCAAGACAAUCCUUCCACUUUUUCUAAAACACUUAAAUGUUUAACGCUAGUGGAGAACCUCGAACAUAAAGAUAACCAUCAAAUUCAUCUAAAAUUUUUUCUUUAGGAAUAUACAGUAGAUUAAAUUAGAGAAGAUGUAGAUGACUUGUAAUUACAUUUAACAUUAUCAUCCAAUCAUUGUUUAAUCUUCGAAACAUUAAAUCGCGUCAUCAAUGUAACCAUUUAAUUACUAUUGUCUGUUAAGUGCUAUUACUAUAAGGGAGUCCUAUUAUACUGAUGUAAU